CCAGUGGGCCCGCCGUCUGGGUUUGACCUGGGGCUUAGUUGAUGGUCACAUAAAAUCAAAAGCUUACCAGCCAACAAACAAACAUAUACCAGCAGCAUUCAAACAUAUAUAUACCAUCAUGACACUACUGGAUACAAUGAGCUCUACUGUCAUCAACAACAACGCCGUCGCCGGCACUGAGAAGAAGAGCCUGCGCAAGAGUUUCAGCAUGGGAGCUCCCAAGAAGGGCAUGAAAGGCAUGAUCAAGCGAGGAUUGUCCUUUUCCUUGAAAAAGAGCAUGUCCAAACGAUCACUGACUCCCAUGAAGCAACGAAGAGAUUCCAACGCCACCGAGUCACUCACCAGCAUUGGCAGCACUGCCGAUUUCCUUCCCAUGGUCCGCUUUGAGACCGCCAGCAGUCGCUCCAAAAAGGUCAAGGUCCAAGUCCACGAAUUCGAACGACACUCGGAAGAAGACGCGGAACACAUUUGGUACACCGAAGCCGACAUGCUCGAGAUUAUCGAAGAUGUCAAGCAAACCGUACGACACUACCACAAGAACUGCGAACGAUACAAGUUUGCCAUGGACAAGAUUUCCCAAAAAUGUGCUUCCGCCAGUGCCAAUGACGACGACAGUGAUAAUGACUGCAUUACCGCUCAAUUUGAUGCCCGCGUCUUGGAACAACUCUCCAAUGCCGCCGCACGAGGCCUCGAACAUCACAUUGCGCCUCGUGUGAACGAUACCCGCAAAGAGAUUAUCCAACAAGUUGUACAAGCCCAAGACGAUCUCUAUUACAACCCCAAGCUCAGCAAGGAGCAAAAGGAAGAACAGCUCGCCGCACAAUACUCUCGUCUGGCACGAACGGCCGCACGGCUGGCCAAGACCAUGGGAGAUGGCGAUGCCAUGGUGGCAAGCACCGUGGCUGCCGUGUCCGCAUAAAAGGCUCCUCUUCUUCCUUCCAUUCAUAGCCUCCUCAGAUCACGCCUUCCCACGAAUUUUUUAUUACUCUUUUCUAACAUCUUAAUUCUAGACCACUUGUACACUAUCGGUACUACGCUCAUCAUUAUUAAUAUCUAUCUUAGCCCUAGUAGCUACUCUAGCACCU